AUUAAUAAUAAAUAUAUUUUUGGAACAUAACCAAAGCACUUAUUUAAGACAGAAAAUGGUUCCCAUAGUUAAGAAAGUAAGCAGUUACUACAACUCCUAUGCGUUGGCCGUACUCACAAUUGGCUAUGUACUCGGCGAAUUGGGUCAUUAUCUCAUCGGUGUUACUUCCAAACAGACCGCCAUUGAAUUGGAUUAUGGCGAUAAAGCUUGUCAGCAGAAUAAUACCAUGUUCACACGUUACGAUCUACCGCAGCAAUGUGCGGCGGUGAUGGAAGAAGAAAGUUGUGUUGCUUUAUCAAUAAAUGACACCGCAUACUGCGAAUGGAACUACAAUGGUUUGGGUAUUGAUUAUCAAAUACUUGCUGGCCCCACCUUCAUAUUGGUCUUUACAAUUGCUGGUGUCUUUAUGGGUUUCGCGGCAGAUAAAUACAACCGUGUCAAAAUGUUGACAGUUUGUACUUUAAUCUUUGCGGUCGCUAUAAUAUUGCAAGGCACUGUGGGCGCCUACUGGCAGCUGUUGCUGUUGCGUAUGGUCAUGGCAUUAGGUGAAUCGGGCUGUAAUCCGUUAGCCACUGGUAUCAUGUCCGAUAUUUUCCCCGAAAAUAAACGCGCACUUGUUAUGGCCAUUUUCAACUGGGGCAUCUAUGGUGGUUAUGGUAUUGCUUUCCCUGUGGGCCGUUAUAUUACCAAAUCGAAUUUCUUCAAUCUGGGCUGGCGUAUGUGUUACUUGGGUACUGGGGUGUUGGCCGUGUUGGUAGCCGCGCUCACCGGCACUACUCUUAAGGAACCAGAACGAAAAGCUAUUGGCGAAGCCGAUCGCACUAGUGAUGGCAAAAAGAUUGGUUUAUGGAAAGUGAUUAUCAAUCCUGCUAUGAUUAUGUUGAUGAUUGCCGCUUCCAUCCGUCACUCUGGUGGCAUGACCUUUGCCUAUAAUGCUGAUCUCUACUACAACGCUUACUUCCCUGAUGUGGAUCUCGGCUGGUGGUUGUUCGCCGUUACCAUUGGUGUUGGUAGUGUCGGUGUGGUUGUUGGUGGCGUUGUCUCCGAUAAAAUUGUCGCUAAAAUGGGUAUACGCUCACGUGCUUUGGUAUUGGCUGUUAGUCAGCUGAUCGCUACAUUACCCGCAUUCGGCUCGGUAUACUAUGAUCCGCUAUGGGCUAUGAUUACUUUGGGUUGCAGUUACUUCUUCGCCGAAAUGUGGUUCGGUAUCGUGUUUGCAAUUGUUGUGGAAAUUGUGCCAUUGCAAGUGCGUUCCUCAACCAUUGGCGUAUUCUUAUUCGUAAUGAACAAUGUUGGUGGUAAUUUGCCCAUCCUGUUGGACCCAGUUGCUAAGAUGAUCGGUUUCCGUGAGGCGUUCAUGAUCUUUUAUGCAGGCUUCUAUGGCAUAAGUUCAGUGCUUUUCUUCAUUACCUGUUUCUUAUUGGAAGGCAAACCAAAGGACGUAGAUUCUACUACAACAGCUACUGAACAAAAAAUCGAUGGUCUGGAGGCACACACACGUCAAAUGCGCGGUCAUGACAAUUCUGUGUUCUCAGUGGACGAAGUGCUGCCGCAUAAUGGACGUCCCGCGGUGAUUCCACAGCAUUUGCAGUUGUCGAACAAUGGUCAAGACAAAUAUACGCCCGCCACACGCGAGAGCAGCAGACUGUAAAGCACCCUUUGAAGCCAA